CGUUAUAUUCAGUACUUAUAUAAAGGCAACGCAAUUCCCGCCACCGUAAGCCAGUAGGAGAAGUAAAGCCAAUUCGAGCAUAAGCAACAGAUUUAUAAUCUCAUCAAAGACUCGCGCGGGGCAUAUGAAUGUGGUUCAUCCCACACGUUUCAAGAAAUCAAUUAACUUGAUCGGAAAUAUGAUGCAACUUCAAAUAUCCUGCGUUUUAUUGCUCUCAGUGGUGAGUGUUUUGGCGCAAUACAGACACCAGUGGCCACACUCGUACGGUCCUUCUACAGCAUCUUACAUAAUAUCGCAUAAAAUUCCAGCGAUCGAAGAAUUUAAGAGAGGAUGGAUGGGUUUCUAUGAAUACCGUCCCAUUUUCAGUCGAAUACUUUUCGGUAGUAGUAUUCCUGAUUCAGCCGAGAUGUGGAAACCGGCCGGUGCUGCUGGUGAAAAUUUUUACAAAGGACAGCCUGGUAGACCAGCAGCUCAUUUAUUACCGGUCUACAAUCCUCCAUCGAUGGUUCCAGAUGUCGGGGAAUCGGAAGGAUUCCAAAAUUGGAAGAAGGAACUUUUCGGCCCGUCCAAGCAGAUUGAAUUACAGCAGCAAAGAUUUCCACCUGGAAAUUCCGACAGUCACGAACUUGAGGAAAUUGUGCCCGAUAAUAUUAACUUCGGAGCUCAGGAUGAUGAUUCCAUUCAUAUAAAAGAUGAUUUCAACACGACGUCAGUUGUAAAUGUGGAAAAUGAAGACGAUAAAGGCAUCGACAGCGAGGAGAAGGAGGAAAGAAAUCACUCAAAGGAGGAGCCAGAAAACCCAGACAAAAAUGUUGACCUAGACGACGAUGGAAAAUUUGAAUAUCCAGCCACUAGCCCAGAAUUAGUUGAACUGAAUCCAGAAAAAAUAACUUCUGGCGAAGUCUCAGAAGAUGUUGCUGAACCUGAAUUGUCUAAUAAGAGUCCUUCGGAUCCCUCGGAACCGGCAGAAAUACAUUGGAACCCAUGGAAAAGUGCCUUUGAUUAUCCAUCAAGCAACGAAAAACGCCCAGCAACAGAUUUCUUUCACAGCGAUAACAGACAAAAGUCCAGCAGCGAGGUUCCUGAUCCCGUCAAAUUCGCUACACAAGACCCAUUCUCUAAAUGGUGGAAUUCAGCAGAGGAAUUUAGUGUCUUUUCCGAUGAUGAUACUCUUGGUCUUUCGGAAUCGUCAGAAGCAGUUGCUGAUCCUAAACCGUCGAUUUCCCCUGUACCCAGCACCACAACGCCGGAGCCAAUCCACAAAUUCGGCGAUCAGUCUCUUUCCGAUGGACCGAAAACUGUCUAUAAGCAUAAUUAUAGGAAAGUGACGAUAGAUAAGAAUAAAAGGCCAGCAGCACAAGCGCAAACCGCAUAGUAUUGAAACAACGCACAUGUUUGAACCAGUCACAUUUUUGCCAGUCAAAAAUAUAAUACUAUUUGCUAUGCAUUAUCCCUGAGAGAUUUUUAAAAUUCUUAUUUUAAAAAGCCGAAGGCUUACCGCCUUUUAAGGGUGAGAGAUUUGAAGAAACAAAAGUUCCGACAGCGCUCCAAAUAGUCUUAACUGUGAGAGGUCCCUGGGGAAUUGGGGCGAUUCGUGAUUGGUCGAAGGGGUUUUCGGGACUGUGACGCGUUCGUGCUGCUCUGAUCGCGACGCGACUAAUCUUAUUCGAUGUAGAAUGACUUUUUACAUAGGUAAUGACUAAAUUUUUUAACUAUUAACGAAAAUAACGAGAGAUUGGGAGCAAAAAGGGGAAAAAAAGGGGAAACUUCUAAAAUAGAUUGCACAUAUCAUUCCACACAAUUUAAGGGUCCAGUCAGUUCUAAUGGGAAGAACAACUUUCCAUUUUACCGAAAAGACUAAAUUUGUGAUGCGUUUUUUGUGGUUCGCGAGAUAUUUGCGAAAGAAAAACACACCCAGAUUGACUUUUAGCUUGAUUGUUGACUAGCAGACGACGGUAAGUAUUAACAGGCUUACAGUCAAUCUGCUUGUGGCAUGGCGAAUUGAUGGAUUGAAUGUUUGUGAUAGAUUUCAUCUCGUGAAACACUGUGUUUUUAUUUCAUAUGUUAACUAUUGCUGAAUUCUAAUAAGAAAAAAAACCAUGCAUCCAGUAUCACAACUGAUGGUUCAUUUACCCAUCAAAUGCCAGAUUGGCAGAUAGUUCAAAUGUGGGUGCUGAAUGAAUUGGUAAAUGUAAAAAUGGAAUUGACAAUUAUUUUUAUCAUCAGACAUUGCUACCUUUCAGAAAAUAUGUCUUGAAGAUGACGACAAGUUGCCAGUUGAUUCAUAUGUCACACUUAUUGAUAUCCUAGCACACUAUACUUUAUUCGGCAUCCUAAAAAUGUUUCCCUUCUGACUUUCCCUCAUUUAAAAGGCAUUGAUGAUGUAAUGGUGCUAGGCGAAAAUUUUACCAACAGAGAGAAAUUAAAGCUGCAACCGUAGAAAAUGGAAUUGACAAUUACAUUCAUCAUCAAACAAAUUUCAGUUUCAGAAAGUGGAGUUUUGUCUUGAAGAUGACAACAGUUGCCAGUCGAUUGACAUAACACCCUAAGUGAUAUCAUAGCAGGAGCUUGUGAUUUAUAGUUUGCUACCAUACUUUAUUCGUGAUGCCCUUUAUUUGACAUGCAAACAAAAAUUUCCCUUAUUAGAAUGCCUUGAUUUGAAAAAAAGGCACUGAUCUUAGACUUCCUGCAAAUUGGUACCCUGAAGCAACAACCUUGACUUGCAAAAUUGUAUUUCAUUCUGGCACAACAAAUAGCAGGAAAACAUAUCAUUUUCUUGAAAGGUUUUGUAAUUGAAAUCAGGAUUUUAUUAUGAUCCCUUAAUCUUCAAUUCCAAAUCAGGAUUUUAUUGUGGUCCCUUAAAACUUUUGGCAUCUAAAGUGUAUUGCAAAAGUAAUGAGCGUGGUGUCAAAUGUAAUUUAUUAACUGGAGAAAAAGACAUUUUGCUAAAGCUACUGGUAAAUCCCCUUUUUCCCAUGUAUCGUGCACUGUUGAAAUGAUCCAAUAGUGAAAAUCUUAUCAACUCUUCUCCUGUUAAGUGCGAUCAAACAUAAAUAAUAAAAACGACUAUUGUGUUA